UUGAAUUUAAUUCGGUCUCAUUUAGUUGCGUUUAAUGCUGGAUGCGGUGCGGUUGUCAAAAUCAAAAUGAUGCGAAUUAUAAUAAAUCUAAUUGUGAUACUCUUAACACAACAUUUCUCUGCUGCUGCUGCUUUUGGUGACGAGACUUGUGAACUGAAUCGAGAAAUGGAACAACAGUGUCGCAGUUAUACCUACUCCGUUGUUAAGCCUAUGCUAGAUUACUUGCGUCAAGUGAGCGAAGAUUUAAUGGAAAGUGAAUCGAAAGAUAGAAUCAUUAAGGACUUGAGAGAAAAACUAGUUCAGAAGGAGAAUAAUAUAGAAUUCAUAAAGGAAUCGCAGGAAAAUAAUGUGAAAUUGAUAAAAGAAUUGCGAUCUCAAAUCGAACUACAAAAUAGAAUAGAUGGUCUGUUAACUGAGAGCAAUGGUAAAUGCAAGGAAGAAUUAGCGAGUAAAUCUAAGAAGUUUGCUAGAUUGGAAGUUGAACUAAAUGAAUUGAAUUCCAGUCACAUGGCAAAAAGUAACGAAAUAUCUAAAAUGAAUACCAGCAAUAAGAAUUUAGAAUUGCAAUUAAAAGAUGAGAAAAACGACAUACAAGUAAUAAAGAGCAAUCUUAAUUUAUGUCAAAUUAAAGUAGAGGAAUUAAGCAAAUUGGAGUCGCAGAUUAAAGUGCAGAAUGAUAGAUUAACAGUAGAAUCAAACUUUUUUGAAAAAUGUAAAAGGGAUUUAGCAGAUAAGUCUGACAAAAUCAAAGUUUGUGAGGUUCAAUUGAGGAAUCUAAAUUCCAGUCUCAUUGAAAAAGAUGAAAUUAUUUCAAGAAAUAGUGAAAAGAUCUUAGGCUUGGCGAAUAAGGUGACAUUAAAAGAGAGUCAAUCAGAGUUACUAAUUAAAGAAAGAGAUAACCAGAAAUAUCAACCAGAAGUUCAUAAAUUAAAUAAUCUUCCAUCAGAUUGCCUUGCAUUUACUAAAAAUCCUGGUAUUCACAAAAUCAAUGUUUUGGGCUUUGGUUCUUUCGAUGUUCUGUGUAAAAAUAAUCAGGUAAACUCAGGUUGGUUAGUCAUACAAGUUAUGAAUGAAAAGGAGAGUUUCAAUAGAGAUUGGACCGCUUAUCGUGAAGGAUUUGGAUCCAUGCAAGGCAAUUUUUUCUUGGGACUGGAGAAGAUACAUCAACUCACGAAAUUGCGGAGACACGAGAUUUUUGUGAAUGUCAUCUUAUCAAACGGCGACAAUUUUUGGAAAAAUUACGACGAUUUUAAAAUAUCUGAUGAAGAUAAUGGAUACGCGCUGAAGUUGGGAUCAUUGUCUGGACAUACAUAUUUAAGAAAAUAUUUCACGGAUGGCAUGAAAUUCACAACACACGAUCGCGACAAUGACAAUACUGAGCGUGUAAAUUGUGCUGCUCAUUUCGGUUUUGGGUGGUGGUACAACGAUUGUAAUUGUGCUCUUCGUCGAAACGGUGUAUUUUGCGAUGUGAUUGAGGAAAUGGUAAUGCUUAUACGCCCCAUAUAAUUAAAAAAUACCAAUUUAAAAAUUGGAUUGAUAAGUGUUUUCCACACGUUAAUAAAAUGCUUUAAGUGGACUCGAUAAUACGCUUCAAAUUUAAAUGUUUAAUUGUUGCCUUUACUACUCCAAAUCCAGAAGGUUGAUAAAACUAAAAAGGUGAGAAUUGAAAAUGAAGAAUUCCAAAUUACAACUGAAGUUCCAUAGCGCAGCGACCUAAGGCUUCUUUUAUAGUAAA